AUGGCAGACCUCGAAAGCACCCCCGRCCAGCUCAACUGGAGACUCAGCGCGCAUCCCAUCACCCUCGUCACCUUUCUCGCCUUCCGCAUAUCAAGUCUUCUCGUCUACCUCCUCGGCCUAAUAUUCACAGAAAACUACGUCCUAGUCUUCAUCGUCACCAUCCUCCUCCUCGCCGCAGACUUCUACUACCUCAAAAACAUCGCCGGCAGACGUCUCGUGGGUCUCAGAUGGUGGAACGAAGUCAAUGUCUCGACCGGGGAUUCACACUGGGUCUUUGAGUCCGCACCACAAGCCAAUGAACCAGGUGGAAAACUGGUGAAUGCUACGGAUAAGAGAUUCUUUUGGUUGGCUUUGUACGCGCAGCCRGGACUGUGGGUGGGGUUGGCCAUUGCAGCGAUUGUUAGUAUCAAGCUGAUAUGGUUGACGCUUGUUGCCAUUGCACUGGUUUUGACCAUUACGAACACUCUGGCGUUCUCGAGGUGCGACAAGUUUAGCCAGGCCAGCGGGCUGGUGGAGAGAGGGCUUUACUCUGGAUCGCUUGCGAGGAAUGUGGGCGGUGCUCUGGUGUCUCGGCUGUGGAGUCGUGGGUAG